UAACACAUUACCUUGACCUUUUGUCUUCAGUGAAAGUAAACAGCCAAUCCAAGGCGAAGGGUUCCAAGAGGCACCUUAGGCGUUGCCUCAAGAAAAAAUGCAUGGGUUGCGGUUGCGGAUGCGGUAAUUGCUGCGGCGGUUUCGGUUGCCCGCAAUGCGGUUGCGGCUGCGGCUGUGAUUGCCCCUCUAUAACCUUUCCAGUGACCUUUGGCGCAUGCGUGAAUAACCCUUGUUGCGAAUGUUGCACGAAGAAGCCACCAAAGGGCAAGUGCAAGUGGCCGUGUAUGUGGCCGUGCUGCUGCGAGUGCACCCCACCCAAGUUCAAAUUCAAGCCCCUGAAGCCCAAAGCGUGCUGCAAGACUCCGACCUGUGGGUGUGGGUGUGGGUGCGGCAAGCGCUCAGGCAAGAAACACAUCAAGUGCCUCUUGUUCGGCCAACCCGCCGUUGUGGCCAAGUCUCCAAAACCCCUGCAACUAACAGCAUCCAAGGGCAAGAAGCACUAUUAGGGAUAAAAAUCUCUCUGAGCAAGAUGGAUACACCUUGUGAUUACCGCUUACGGUUUUUUUGACACUGUUGUCUAGGGACAAUAUUGUAAAUGCCUAUAUUGUAAAUUCCAAAAAAAGGAAAAAAAAACAAUGACAUAUCAUUACUUAACUUGAUUUGUGAUUAAAUCGUUCUGAAUAGUCCUUUUUGGUUUAUGCUAUAAUGUAGAAACACAGCAAUGGAUGAAUAAAGGUUGGUGAUAACUCAA